AUGGCGGGGGUGAGACGACGAGGCGGCAAGCACGCAGGUCAUGUCGAUGCCGCAGACAUCUCGACGAACGAAAGACUAUUCCUCGCCGUCCUCGGCUCCCGCGAGGGCCAGUCCUGCCUCGCCUCUCAUCUAUCUGUUCUCGACCUCGGCGCCCUCCGCGCCUCCUCGUCGGCCUGCUGCAGCCUGCUCACCAAGCGCCUCUUUGCUCGCAUCACCGUCACCUUCACGCCGGUCACCUUCACCCGACCGUCGCGCAUGGCUGCCCUCGGCCGCGUUGGCCAUCAUGUCGAGCAUCUGACCUUCCACCUGGCCCAUUCGGACGCCACCUUCCUGCCGCCCUUGGUCGACCCGGUCAGCGGCCGGGAGGUCGCCUUCCUGUACUCUCCGCACACGAGCACGGAUUCGGCCCUGGCGAGGCCCAAGUACGCAACCGCCGAGCUCGCCGAGAUGCUGACCGAUCAGUACCCUCCGCUCUUCCACGCCGCCACCAACGUGCCGAGCUUCAUCGGCGCGCUGCGGCCCUUGUCCAACAUUCGCCACCUGACCAUCCGUUGUCCCGGCCAGGAUCCGCGCGAGCGUUACAGGCGAGACAUUGUCGACUACGCCCUCGUCAGCCUGCGCAUCGCCGUCGAGCGUGCGCCGCUGACGAGGCUGACGAAGCUGUCGCUCCUUUCCCUUCACCCGGCGGCCUUCAACUACCUUCGCCACACGCCCGGCAUCGGCUCCGUGCCCUCGGCCGGACGGCGGUGGAGGCAGAUCAGGAAGCUGCGCCUCUCGGUCGCCGCCUGGGACUUUUACGGCCCAUCGCCCGGUCUCGACCAACUGAAGGUUAUGGACGACUAUAUCCGCCACCUGGCGCCCGCCCUCGACAGGUUCGAGUUCACCUGGCUCGGCGGCAAGGGACCCUGCCCUGUUGCCCUCGCCGCCGAUCCGCUGUUCGCUCCGCCGCAGGCCUCCAAGAAGCUCUUCCGGGAGGUCACGUCGUUCAUGUCGCCGCUGCCGGCGCCGCCGUCCCGAGCGCCCAUCCACUUCCUGCAGUUGCGGCACCUACGGCUGCGGAACACGACCAUGAACGCGCAGCAGCUGAGCGAGCUCAUCGGCCUGCACCGCACCACGGUCCAUGAGUUCGACUUUGAGAAUGUUGUCCUGAUGCGCAACGACAGCUGGGACGAAGCACUGGCGCCCGUCGUGGGGGAUGAUGCGUGGGUGACAAGCAGCGCACCCGCACCUACAGCUUCCGAGCCCGGCUUCGUCGCGAACGAUGCUUCAGAGGUACUACCUUGUCCGAGCGCCGCCGCCGUCGCCGCUGCGGCUGCAAGCCGCCGUCUGCUUGGUGCAGAUCUUGAUGGGCAACGGGGUGGGCAGUGGUGUAGGCAGUGCCACGAUGGCCAUGAUGUUCAGCUCGAGGCGGCUACGCAGUAUUAUGAUGAGACGACGAGCAUCACGACCAAGCUCAAGAAGAAACGGCGUCGUCGGCGCCGUCGCAAGAGUCACCACCGCCCCAACAGUCGUGGCGACGAGAACGGGGCCAAGUGUCCCCGCUCGAAUCCCGUCACCUCCUCGUCCGCCUCAGCCCAUGGGAGAAAGCGGUCACAUUCCACGGGCGAGCGCCGGGAGGAAUCUCGCCCUGCGGUCCUGCAUGAAUCUACCAUGGCCGCCGCCGUGCUCGCCCCUUUGCCCCGGCCCAUACUCCUCCAACCCACCAUCUACCGCCCACCCGCCCACCAGACGGGUGCUCCCCACGAGGAGGGCAUAUCUAGCAUCCACCGCGACACGAAGCGGGAGGAAGCUCACCGGCUGCUCGCCGAGGACGCCUCCGCGCGUGUCAGUGCCCUCCAGAAGGCAAAGAAAGCCGUGCUGUCGAAGCUCAGCAGGGAGUGUUGCGGCAGGCCUACGCGCGGAGCGACCGCAGAUGCCGUGACCGCCUGUCGGCUCAUGUCCCGUGGGGAUUUCUACUACGGCUGCGGCAAGGAGGUGAUCGAGGACCGGACAUUAUCAAGCCAGAGCGUGCUGGUGCCCCUGAUUUUACGCAGGUCGUGA